AUGCUCAAACUCUCGUCGUCUAUCAUUAUGACAUCCGUGGUUCUUUGCCUCAGUGUCCUCUACGUCUCAGAAGUUGGUGCAAAGGCCAUUUCUGUCGAAUCUCGAGGGGUUUCCUUCAUUAAGCGCGAAGGUUUCGACAGUUUAUUCCCUACCGCAGAUACCGCCGGCCUUGAAACCGCACCUGACCUAAAGAAAACCGGUGAGGCUCGUGACAUCGCGGCCCGGGAUGCUUUCUCUAUUCUUGACCCCACGGCAAACACUACCGAUCUGAAACCCCAGGAAGACAAUGAUGCAUAA